CUGGGGCUGCCGUGUUCCCGCAGCCCUGCCCGGUGCCCGUCCCCGGGGCAGCCGCCGGCCCCCCCGGCACCGUCCCAGCCGUAAGCGCCAAGGCCAUGGGCUUGGCCAAGCGCGGUGGCCGCUGGCCGUGACCUCGAGUUGUUUCCGCCUCGCAGCUCUGCAGGGACGGUACAUAAACCCGGGCUCCGCCGCGCACUGUGAGCCAUGGCCGGCGCGGGGGCCCGAGCCCCGCUGGGUCUCAAGCGGUGGCUGUCCUCAUCGGCGCCGGCUCCACGCAUCUGCGUGGUGGGCAGCGGGCCGGCUGGCUUCUACACCGCUCAGCACAUCCUCAAGCACCAUGGCGGGGCCCAGGUGGAUAUCUAUGAGAAGCUGCCCGUGCCUUUCGGGCUCGUCCGAUUUGGGGUGGCCCCGGACCACCCUGAAGUGAAGAAUGUGAUCAACACCUUCACCCAGACGGCACGCUCGGAGCGCUGCGCCUACUAUGGCAACGUCACCGUGGGGAGGGACGUGAUGGUGGCAGAGCUGCAGCAGGCUUACCACGCAGUGGUGCUGAGUUAUGGUGCUGAAGAUAACCGGGUCUUGGGGAUCCCAGGGGAGAACCUCUCUGGCGUUUAUUCGGCCCGAGCAUUCGUGGGCUGGUACAAUGGGCUGCCCGAGAACCGGGAUCUGAAGCCCGACCUGAGCUGCGAGACGGCGGUGAUUCUGGGGCACGGCAAUGUGGCACUGGAUAUCGCCCGGAUCCUCCUGUCCCCGCUGCAUCUCCUCAGGAAGACAGACAUCACUGACUGCUCCCUGGCAGCUCUUGCCUGCAGCAAGGUGAAGCGCGUCUGGCUGGUUGGGAGGAGAGGACCUCUCCAAGUUGCUUUCACUAUCAAGGAGCUGCGGGAGAUGAUAAACCUGCCUGGUACCAGACCUGUCUUAAACCCAGCUGACUUCACAGGCCUCGAAAAUGCUGUUAAAGAUGCCCCCAGGCCCAGGAAGCGCCUUACUGAGCUGAUGAUCAAAACAGCCCUGGAGAAGCCCGCGGAGGCACAGGGGGUGCAGGCAGCAGCCCCCCAGGAGUGGGGGCUGAAGUUCCAGCGCAGCCCCGAGGAGGUGCUGCCCACCGCAGAUGGGACACGUGCAAGGGGCAUCCGCGUGGCCCUGACCCGCCUGGAGGGCUCAGGUGACUCCGCCAAAGCCAUCCCCACUGGAGAUGUGGAGGAGCUGGAGUGCGGGCUGGUGCUGAGCAGCAUUGGGUACCGGAGCCUUCCCCUGGACCCGGCAGUGCCCUUCGACAGCCAGCACGGCGUCAUCCCCAACAGCGCGGGCAGGGUGGACGGCGUCCCAGGUCUGUACUGCAGCGGGUGGGUGAAGAGAGGACCCACAGGCGUGAUCAUCACCACGAUGAACGACAGCUUUGACACUGCCCAGUCUGUGCUGGAGGAUCUCCAGGUGGGCACACUGGACGUGGCCACCUCCAGAGAAGGCUUUGGGGCCGUGAAGAGCAUCCUGUGCAGCCGAGGGGUCCGUCCUGUUUCAUUUUCGGACUGGGAGAAGAUCGAUGCUGCAGAAGUGGCAAGAGGCAAAGCUGCUGGCAAACCCCGGGAGAAGAUCGUAGAUCCUCAGGAGAUGCUGCGGGUGAUCGGUCACUAGGGCAGCGGCGGUGGGGAUGUGGUGCUGCUCCAGCUGGGAGCACACAGGCUCUGUGAGCACAGGGCUGGUGGCCACUCUGUGACACUUGAGGCUCUCUGGUAACGAUGAAGUCUGGGGGUGUGAAGUGAGCGCUUCCAAGUAUCCGAGGCUGCUGGCUGGCCCUGUGUCCCUGCAGCCCUGCUGCCACGGGGCGAUUCUUGUCGUUCGGGUCCUUCCAGCAUUGAGGAGUUGGCUGGCAGAGGCGAGGGGAGGUGGGCACCGGGCAGGAGCCGUGGCCAGGCGCUUCCCCGUGAUGAGUCCCACAGAGAAACUCCUGGUGUCUUGUUGCCUGCCCUCUAAGCCUCAAGCCAAACGGCUUCAUUGCCUUGUCCUCUGUGUCUGAGCAGGCUGCUUCUGAUAUUAAUUGGUUUUUAAAUAAACCCUUCCAGGAGAGCCAAACUGGACCUGCCGAUGAGUCUGGCUUCUUUUGCCUUAAUCCCGGAGCAGCGGGACGAGCGCCGUGCCCGCACUGAGGCAGCCCUGGGAGGGACUGUUUGCUCUGUGCUUGGUGUGAGCUCUCAGCAGACAGACAAGGGCAUUCAUUUGCUUCCUGUCUCCUGCAGUUAAACCCCGCCAGAGCCGGCCUCCUGGCUCAUGGGGGGAAUCUGGAUAACGAGCGUGUAAGUGCCUUAUUCGGGAUCAUGAGGGAUCCUGUGUGGGUCGGUACCUGCGGGCACUGGCUGGGGCAGACAGUGCCCUGAGCCCUUUCAUUUUGUUGCCUGGAGGGGCUUUUUUUGGUCUGUGUGUUUUGAAGCUUAUUAAACGCUUCUUUUAGCCGAAACCAACUACGACGACGGUGUCAGCUUUUAAGCCAGAUUACAAGCUGUGAGCUGUAAUCUCCUCUUUAUCCGCGGCGUAGGGGCUGCGUCACCGUGCCCCCCUCCCCUGGCCGUCCUGCCUUCCCUGCUGUGCCCGACGUGCGCCCCGCCGGAGCUCUGCACGGUUGCAGCCGCUCCUCCCCGACCUGUGGAAAUGGUGACUGCAGCAGUUGCCGGUGGUUGUGCAAUAGAAACAAAUCGUGCACCGCGAUGGGAGCGGAGGGCAGAUCCCGCCAGGGCAGCCAGCAGGGUUUGUCUCAGGUCCCCGCUCCACUGCCGAGCCCUCUCCCAUGGCAGAGGGUUUGCCCAGCGGGUGCUGUGCUCCCGCCCCUUCUCUGGUCCAGCCUUGGGCAAGGAAGAUCUGUGAUAUCUCUUUUCUUUUUUUCCCCCUCUUCCUUUGCUAUUUAAAUCUCAUUUGCAAGCUCAUUAAGAAACUCAGGAAAUGUGAUACUGGGAGCUCGUACGCAAACGAGCAAUAAAGCUUUUGUGGAACAGCUGCUCCUGUGAUGUGGCUCUCGUUGCAUCUCGCGGCUGAUGCGGUCCUGAUGCUGAACUCUUGAGCAGGAGAUUACAUCAGCUCUGGGUUUGGAGGCAAAUAAACACUUUGGAGAAGGAGGUGUGGAGGCAAGGAGGUUGCUCUCGGGGUGGGGAGCAGCCGCUUCAGUUGAUAGUCCAGCUGGAAACGUGGGUGAAGGGGUUGUGUGGCUGCGUCAGAUCUGCAGGUGCUGGGAAGCGAUGGGCUGGCUCUUCCCUGGGGUUUUCUUCCACAUCACCUUGACUGGUGAUGUCAGGGUGGUUCUGUCACCGUGAUAAAGCCACGGUGCUUGCGCGAGCACAGUGAAGGGCUGCUCCAGAGCAGUGCUGCUUCAGGGGAGUUCUAAGGCUGUGACAACAGAUUAAGGGGAGCGUCUGUCUUUGCUGCGCCGAGUGUCCUUGCUCAACCCAGAACUUGGCCAAGGCCCUGGGGUUAAUGCUGGGCUGCGGGAAAGCCAUGGGAUGAUGAAGGUCAGCGAAGGGCAGGGAUGGAGGACUGAGCUUCAUGGGCAGAGGCAGGAUCGUUACGAUUAUGUAAAUCCUUAGCCCGUACCUCCAGCUCCCUUCUCUCCCGCC